AUGGAGCUGCAGCUGCCACUACGCCGGCAGAACAUCACUGAUUUCCUGAAUAACCUCUCCACCAUGUCGCAAGCACAGCGAGAGCUGCGACGCCGCGCCACCUCUAUUGCUGAUGCGAAUCGCGUACAGGAAAUCACUUUGGCAACUCCCCAGCGCAGCGUCAAGCGCCGACGCACUUCUGCGUCUCCGAUAUCCAUCGCGUCCACUCCUCCCCGCCAAGCAUCUCGCAGUGUAAAGAGCGAGCGCGACAAGCUCUUCGAUGCUAUCGAGGCCGGAGACGAUUACCCUGGUGCGCCUAUGGCGAUUAAGAGCGCGGACGACCUGAGUCAAGUGCAGCUGAAGAAGUGUUACGAGAUUCUACACGCUUGUGGCAGUGCGACGGAUCGUAAUGCGAGCAUGACCAAGACGAGACAGAGCAUCGACGGCUUUUUGGAUGCAGUGUUUAAUGAGUGGUCGAGUCGCAAGGCGGGAAAUUUGCUGCGCUCAGAGCUAGACUUCUUGGUGGAAGCAGAGGUUUCGGUGGGAAAGCUGUGUGUGAAACGUCAAGAGCACGCCAAAGUAACUGACUGCGAUGCCGAAGCCCUCUGCACAGCCCCCGUUUCCGCCGUUGCAACGUACUGCAACAACCCGCCCAUGUUUAAGCUGGAAUUCUCGACUGUUGACGACCUUUCUGGUCAGCCCUUGGCAAUUUGCCCGAUCUCUAAGGGACACAUUAGGUGGGUGGACGAGGAUUGGUUGCAGGAGCUGCGUAAAGGCCUCCAGACCAAGAUUAUCGCCAAGAUCCACAAGCACAACAAACACCUCGCGAUAUGGCAGGCUCGCAAGCUCAUCGUCGAGUGGGCUAAGGGAAGCUUGUCAAUGGGGGAGGGCGUUGAUCAAAUGGACUUUACGAAACGAGAGAUGGCCGAUGUUGUCUUGCUUGGAUUGGGAGGACACGCCGAGGAAAAUUAG